CUCGCCAACUCAACCCGCCAUCCAAAUCCCUACUGUUAUUGAACCCACCCGCGAGGAAAGGAAAGCCACCCGAGAGAAAAGGCACCGCGAAGCCCGCGAAAGGGACCAAAAAAAAGAAAAAGAAAAACGAGAACAAAUUCCUACCGAACAACCCAAACCUAACGAAAAUUUUUCUCCUAAUUUUGAAGAAAACCACGAAAACAAUCCCCUUGAAAACAACCAAGAACCUAACAAUAACAACGAGAACGAGAACGGAGAAAGCAGCGAAAAAAAUGCUAGUUGGUGA